AUGAACAUCAACGGAAGUCAAGCAAGGCUCGCUGAAUCUGAUGCAGACGCAGUGAGUAGCCCGCAUCCCGGUGGGGAUUUCCCGAUGUCGGAGAGCGCUCCAAGUGAUCUUGUAAGAUUCGCUCUUUUCAUGGAGCAGAGGCGAACUCUUAUACGCCGAGAGGAUAUCAACAAGAAGGUCCUGGCUUCUAACUCGCGUUUAUUCAAUCCUGUGCUUGAAAGAGCGCAAAAGCUCCUAAAGAAAACCUUUGCGAUGGAACUCGUGGAACUUCAGUCGCGAAACUAUCGUGAGCAAGAUAAUGUCGUAGCUGGUGACGACCUUCAAGAGGCACGCAACGCUACCGGAGUAAAGAAGAAAACUGCGGCUGCAGGAUCAAAGACAUAUGUUCUUCGUUCUGUUCUUGAUCCCAUUAUUAUCGAGGAAGCAGCACGUACGGACGAACGGCUGUAUGAAGAACAGAUUGCGGACUGCCAAGAAGACGGCGAUGACGACGACGACAUGCCGAGAAGCUACGGAUGCAUCAUCUCUUGGAGCACUGCAGAUCAACUCGGAGCCUUGGGUGUUUUACAUGUCAUUCUAGCAAUCAUUCUCGCCAGCGGACGAUCCAUGACGGACUUGGAGUUACGUGCCCACUUGAAACGUCUCGGCCUCUCAUCAAAUGAGUCCAUAUCCAUGAACGCCCAGUCUACGCACAAGUCCCUUCCUAUAGACACAUAUCUUGGCCAGCUGAUGAAGCAAGGAUACAUAGACCGUAUCAAGCUAGGCGACACGAAGGCAGCUGGCGGAAAACGGGGUCGCGCUCCUGCAGCGACUCAAGCCAAUCAAGAUGAAACCCAAGCAUUUGAAUGGCAUUGGGGCCAUCGCUCGUACAGCGAAAUAGGAGAACAGGCUAUUGCUACAUUCGUCGCUGAAUUUAUGGUGGAACGCAACCGUGAUAAUGAUGCCGAGGACGAUGAUGAGGACGGCAAAGCUGCGCAGGGCAGGGGAAAGGGAAGAGCCAGCGCUGCGGAUGGUGGCGGAGACAAGAAGCUGAAGAACGUUUACGGAGCAAUUGAAAGGGCGGCCGGGGGUAACCUGUCAGAUGUUAAAUGA